CGCUGUGGGCGAGGGGGCGGGACUUGGCUGCUGGUCGCUCGACAUUGGCAGGUGCGGGCUGGGAAGAGGAGCCGCGCCUGGCGCUCAGAUGCUUACCUAGUGUUUGGAUCAAAGCUACCUGCAGGGAUGACUUUGAAUGGCUAUUGCAGAUUCCUGACAAUCUGUACCCUGAUUUUCCCAAAGACUCUAUGUUUCUUGCCAAAACAACAGAGGGUACUGCUUUUGUCUUUUGAUGGCUUUAGAUGGGAUUAUAUCUACAAAUUCCCAACACCCAGUUUCCAUGACAUCAUAAAGAAUGGUGUUCAUGUUGAACAGAUAACAAAUGUGUUCAUUACCAAGACGUAUCCUAACCACUAUACGAUGGUGACUGGUCUUUACGCCGAGAGCCACGGCAUCAUCGCCAAUGAGAUGUACGAUCCAGUUUUGAAUGAAACAUUCUCCAUGAACCAUAUGACCAUCUAUAAUUCAAAAUUUUGGGAAGAUGCUUAUCCAGUAUGGAUCACUAACCAAAUGCAGGGGCAUAGAAGUGGAGCCGCAAUGUGGCCAGGCACGGAUGUCCAGAUACAUGGCGCCUUUCCCACAUACUACAUGCAUUACAAUGAGUCUGUUUCAUUUGAAGAUCGUGUCGCCAAGCUGAUUGAAUGGUUUAUAUCUGAAGAGUCCAUAAAUCUUGGACUGCUGUACUGGGAGCAGCCAGAUGAGAAGGGACAUCUUUGGGGUCCGAAUAAUCCGCGCAUGAAGGCAGUCAUUGCUGAGAUUGAUGAACUGCUGGACUAUCUUGUGCAGGAGCUGAAGAAAGCAAAAUUGUGGGACACUUUAAAUGUCAUCAUCACAAGUGACCAUGGAAUGGCCCAGUCCUCAGCCGACAGGAUCAUAGAACUGGAUCAGUAUGUGGACAAAGACUUGUAUACCAUGAUUGACCAUUCACCGGAUGUAGCUAUUUUACCAGUGGAAGGCCAACUUGAUGCUGUGUUCAGUGCUUUGGUCAAAGCCCACCCCCAUAUGACUGUCUAUAAGAAGGAGGACAUCCCAUAUAGGCUGCAUUACAGGCACAGCAGUAGAAUUCAGCCAAUCUUAGCAGUGGCUGAUGAAGGAUGGGAAAUCUUGCAAAACAGGUCUGACCACUUUGAAUUGGGCAAUCAUGGAUAUGACAACAUCCUGCCAGACAUGCACCCUAUCUUCUUAGCCCACGGACCUGCCUUUAGAAAGAACGUUAGUAAGCAGACUAUGGAGUCCACAGACUUAGAUCCCUAUUUUACAACCCCUGAGGGGAUGCUAGAUGAUGUUUAUGGCCAAUUCCCUUUUCCUCUCAUGUUUUCUUUGUUGAAACAGGGGCUGGCUCAUCUUACAGCUAAUUUGCCAAGCUUGAAGACUAUACAAGUUACUCAUCUGCUUGGAGUUCAAUUUUAUGUUUGUAUUAAACAUAUCUAUUGGCAUUUUCCUUGCCCCAAAAUAAAAGCAGCUAAUCCUGCCACCCUGUGGUGGAUAUUAAAUCAGUGAACAAAAUUAUCCUAAAUUAACUUUUAACAUGCAUUUCAGUAUAAUGUAGUACAAAGCAACAUUUUGAUGAAGGGGAAGCAGAGUCAUAAUGUGAUAAUACACAAAUAAUACACGAAUGUGAUAAUACACAAGAACUCAGUGAUGUACUUUUAGUCAGUAUUUCUGGAGUCCCUGACCUGGAUAACUCGAGGGUAGCCCCAUCUCAUCAGAUCUCAGAAGCUAAGCAGGGUCAACCCUGGUUUGUGAUUGGACGGAAGACCACCAAGGUCACUAUGCAGAGGAAGACAAUGGCAAACCACAUCUUUUAGCCUCUUGCCUUGAAAACUAUGAGGUCACCAGAAGUCAGCUGUGACCUGAGGACACACACACAGGCCAUUUAUGCACUUCACAGUGAGCAUGCAUUCCCUUCUUGGAUACACACAUGCUUUCCCCUCUCUUGAACUCACUGUGCCUUAGAUUAGAGAAUCUCCAUGGUUUCCCUAACUUCUGAAAAUGCAACUUUUUCUCUAACUUCACAAGGAAAGUGAAGAGAGACAACAUGCAUUUGGCUUGCAUUGAGUUUUCUCACUCUUUCCUGCCUGCCCAAAAGCAGUUCCUUCCACUCUUCAGAGCAGCAGUUCAGAGCUAUUGUAAGAGCUUUCUUUUUAAAAAUUAUUUUAAUGCUGCCAGUCCAUUGUUGGAGCAGUAGAAUGUGCCUGAAAUUUACACAGUCUAGCAAAAUAAUGCUUGACACAAGAUGGCACACACACACACAAAACAAGCAGUAGAGAGCAACCUCCCCAGCUGGAGAUUGCGCAGAGGGAACGGGUGGGUAAAAUGGCAGCUCAGCUGGGGAUACUUUGCAGCAGGAGAAUCCUGUUUAAACAAAUAUGGGAAAAACCCACUGCAAAGCUGGUGGCCACAGGGAGAGCACUGCAUGCAUAAAGGGCCACACGUUUCUGAAUGCAUGCUUUGAUGGCUAAUAUCAAGGAAUGUGUAAUAUCAAGGAAGUCCUCAAGGAUCAUCUUCAUUUCCUCGUGGUUACUGGGCCAAUAUUUUUUAGGUUUUCCUGUUAGUAGUACUUAUCCUGUAAGAUGCAACAGAUAAUUCAUUUCUCAACACUGUAUGAGACCUACAAAGGUAUUAGCAUCGGGAAAGAACACCAGGUGUUCAACUGAAUGCCACUAAAGGUUGCAUCCCUCUUUGGAUAUAAAAAGUUCAAGGACAUGCUUGUGGAAAAGUGGAACUGGAAGCUUAAAAGCUGUGAAUGGAUAAAAUACCUAUUCUGUGGUGAAGGUGGGACUGAAUCCAAAAAGGCUAUUUGUGGACUAUUUAGUUGCAAGCACAAGACCUUUGCUGUUAUUUAACUUGCUGAUAUCCUGUUAAGUGGGACAUAGAAACCCUACAGCGCUGAUUUAAAGAACUCUAAUGAACCCUAUCAAGCCCUUUCACAACUAGACUCUAGUUAAAUCUUACAAUUUCCAGAACUGUGGCUCACCUCAAAUACUAAGAACCCAAACAAAUAACCAAAGCAAGGCUACUUCACCUACUUGAGCCUGGAAGAAACACAACCUCCCAAAAUCUCCUCUCAACUAAAGUGGGGAGACCCACAGACCUGCCCAGACCACAGCAAGACCUACCAGGAAAACAAACAAACCAGCAACAGAAACCACUUCUAAAGAAAAGAUAAACCUAAAUCUCCGAAUAGUUUGGAAUGAAAAGCUACGACUAGUCAAACUGAAAAGGGCAAGCAACUUAACAGCAAACACAGGGAGAAAUUCAAAUGACCCAAACCUUAACCAAAAAAACAGAAGUCGCGUUCUAAUCCAAACAAAAGCCAAGGAGGAACAGAAACAGCAGCACAAGGGGGAGGGGGUGGUGAACCUGGGAGACAUACAGAAAUUUAACAAAAGCAAACUAACAGUAAAACAAGGGAAAAUCACAAGCUACCGUCUUUUCUUAAGUAAGGCAGGCCUGUGUGGGCUUGGCCUAAGGCCUCACCCCCACACACACCCCAAACCUGAACUGAAAAAAGAAAAUGCUGCUAGCAGCAACUUAACAACAGUAAAACAAUUGAACAAAUAACAAAUGAAACCCUAAACACCCUCGGCCUUUCAGCUUAUGCCAUCAGCCUCCCUCUACCACCACCCCACCCCAUCCCCAAACA